AUGCAGCUCCUACACUUUUUUAUAGUUCUCUUGGCCAUUCCGGCCGCCUUAGUGUCAGCUGCAGUCCCCAGCUCAAAGCGCUUUGAUCUAACAAAACCUUCAUUCGAUCUCUUCCGCAAUAAAAAGUUGAAAGAUGCCACUGUCCAGCAAAGCUUCACCUUUGACAACACCAACCGCCGGCUCUUCGUCGCCCAACGCCGCAACGGCGCCUCUACCACCUCAGGAGAUUUAACCAUCACCCAGCUCGACUUCAACGGCAACAUUAAAGGCCACAUGUACCUAAAAGGCUUCGGCCACGGCGUCUCCAUCGCCGCCCAGCCCGUCGGCAGCACCACAUACCUCUGGACCGAAGUCGACGCCAACUCCAACGGCUACGGGACCAAGUUGGCGCGGUUCAAAUUCUCCUCAGGCACCACCCUCUCCAAGACCUCCUCCUCCCUUACCAAGUUCGCCCCUAUUUCCGGCGCAACGGAGUACACCGCUGCCAUCGACCCCAUCAACUCACGGCUGCUCGUGCGUUACCACAAGUCCGGCGCAAAGCACUUCGCGCUGUACGACCUCGGGGCCGCGACAAAAGGGAAUUUCUCUAAGCCAUUGGCCUCGUUUGCUCACCCUAAGGGGCUUAAGACGAAGUCGUCUACUUUCCAGGGGUAUGCGCCCUACGGACGGUACUUGUAUUUGCUGUAUGGGGACUCGUAUGAGGCCGCACCGAAGGGGGAGCUUAACUCGGAGCUUGUAACGGUCGAUAUGAAUACUGGCAAGGUGGUUCAGGGGCCGACACUGACGAAGGCUGGGUCGACGCUUAAGUUUCGUGAGCCGGAGGGGCUGGCAGUGUAUAGGACGGCGGCGGGCCAGACGAGGUUAUUCAUGGGAUUCGCUAGUGGUAAUUCAGGGGAUAGGAGAAGUAACUUGUUUUAUAAGAAUGCAACCAUCAGCUGA